UAUGCGUUCCAAGGGGAUAAGGGUAGGGGUUGGACCAGCCAUUUGUAAGUUCUUCCUUAAAUGUGAACGUAAACUCCACACUAGAGGCUUUGUAAACAACUAGCUAGUUUGAAACUAACUCUGUACGUUAUUCGGUUGCACCAUUAAGACAGAACGUAGCUAGUAGUUCGUAAGCUCUCCGUAAAGUAAUGCGUAGUCGCAUAAUAUGACGUGUACCUUCAAUAGUCCAAUAGCAGCAUUUGAAUUCGUGAGGAAAAGUUGUGGUGAAAUGUUGUGAAUUUCAAAACGUUUUUGAGUUAAACUUAUUUUACAUAACAUAAUAACGGUGAAAAUAAGUUUUGAUUUAAUGGAAUACUAUUUUAUUAUGAAAAACAUAAUAUGUUUUAAAUAUUUAUCAAAUUGAACAAGAUUAAUAAACAAAUACUAAUUAAAAUCAAUACAGCAUCAUAAAAUCAUAAUAAAUUACAUGUACGCGAUUUCAUUUUUCUGCCUACCGCCAAUGAAAUAAAAUAGAUGAUUUUAUUUUAACAUGCACGACACACACACGGAGGCGCGCUAGUUCAGUGGUUCUGCUAUUUUAUUCCCACGGUUACUCCUGACGGAAGGCUUCCGUAAGUACUUAGUUUAUACGUAACGUUACGCGUCAACUAAGUAGAAUGGUGCAAGUCAAAAUUAUUUAAUACUACGUAAAUUGAAAGUCAAAACUAGGCAACCGGCCCCAGAGCACCGCUUUCUGAGUUAGGUAUAACACCACUAGAUGGAGACACAAAAUAGUCUAAGCAUUGGGAUUCUAUAUCAAUCUUUUAUGUGUAAAUAAGUAUUAUUGAUUGAACAUAGUGUACACUAAUAAAGUUUUUUAAUCCUUUACUCUUCUUGUAAUUGGCUUUAAUGCUAAAAUACACCACAAGACUUUUGCUUGGAUUUUCAGUCUGGACUUGUUGCAGAAAGUUUGUGCCAGUCUGGACAUUUGAUCAGUUAGUCUGUUUCUAUCUGAAACUUAAUAAAGUCUGCAAGUGUAUGAUGUCUAGUUAAAAAAAAAUCUGUUCAUAUUUAAAAGUCUUGUAGUGUAUUCAAGCCAUUAGUAGUAACUGCCUCAUUAUAUUGAAGUGCCAUAUGCAAAUAUUCACGAAUAAUGUGAUCAAUAUCUAUUAAAAUUUCAAUUUUUAUAAACAUACACGUAGAUUAAUGGAGGUUAGAAAAUGUUAAAAUAAUAAGUAAAGCAUUUAAAAACAUCCUUAAACAAAUACACUUAUAGCCUAAACUUAAUUUUAUAAAGAAAAGCCAAGAUUAGCGUAAAAACUUGGUCUUGGUACAUGUCAGAAGUCUGGCAACAGCAUUCUGAAUAAAUUGCAGGCAGGACAGAUCAUGGCGCUGAGAGGUUCCCAAAUAAAGAACAUUUCAAUACAUGUGCACUUUUAAGGGUUUGGUAAAAAAGGGGCCAAACUACUUUAAUUGUAACUGAAGUUAUUACAUUGACAACCUAAUUCUGAUUAUAAGAAUGGAGCUUUAAUGGUUUUUGCCAAUCAAGAUUUGCAAAAACUUCACUAGAAGGUUAUAUCUGUUAACGUUAGUAAAUGCAUAUUUAAUCCUUGUUAAUUGUAUUUAUUGUCAAUACAACUGUUCAUGUUGCAACGAAUGUUAACAAUUACAACCUUUAUUUAAAUUUGAUUUAAAUGUAUAAGUAAGUUAACAUAAACCAAAAAUACGCUGUAGAAGUAUAGUUUGUUGUUGGUUCAUGUUACCUAAUUCAAUAAUUGUUACAAAUACAAUCUUAUUGUAAAGAUUGACAAACACAAUACUCAUGCAAUCGAAAGUCAACAUUAUGUUAUUGGUUAGCUAUUGUCCAUAAUACAUUAUCAAUUUAACAUAGCCUAAAGUUACAUAGUUUAGGAGCACGUGACUUAAUUGUUUAUUAUGAUCUUAAAAAAAAUCUUAAAAUGUAUGUUUUAACGUUUGAAAUUCUUAUUGAAAUGAUUGAAUUACGUUGAAAUUGUUUUGUUGUUUUAUAGAUUGAAUUGAUCCCCAUCGCUCGAAAUACACAUGUGCACUAAUGUCAAAUGAAAUCAUAAAUUCGGGCGCUAAAUUCGGAUAAUUUUUUAAAUUCUUCAAAAACAAGACGCGCAUUGUUGAAGUUGGGGCCCAGGGUAGAACCAUAGACGCUUUUGUUCGGGUCUCCCCGUUCUUGCGAUGGCCUGCUGUCGAUCAAGAUGCAAGCGUCCGCCCCCAUCGGCCCUUUCACUGCUGCAGCUGGCUUUUCACCGUAUGCUCACUGCAAUCUGUGCUGGAGAGGCCGACGGCGACGGAGCUACACCUUCAGUAUUAAACCCGGCCUAUGAAACGCUUAUGACGCUCGCCGCCAAAGAAAAGAAAUAACACGAGGUAAGUUUGAACGUACUGUGAUGUGUAAUUUCAAUACAUUCUGACUAUGUAGUUUUACAUAUUAAGUUCCGCGAUGGUUAAAUGCGCGGUCGAUUUCGAAAAGUGGCAUGUUUGCGGAAGUGACCGCGCGGUCCACGAUUAGCCGCCUCUGUUAUUUUCCUAUACAUGUAUGUAUUUUCAAAAAUAUACUUUACUCUCACGUACAUUUUGUCGACACGUUAAAUUCUUGGAAAAGUCGACGAUGCUGUUUGGGUUGGCCGUAAACGAUGGGAAGUUGACUAGCCAAGCGGACCCGUAUGAAAAAAAUCAAAAUGGCUUCCAUCUUUGUCGUCUCGGCAGAAAGGUUUAUACCUUUGUUUCUCCGUCUCACGUGUCAGGGAGUCUUAGCGCACUUUUUGACCACGUCAGUGCGGUGGGGGAGGGGAAGUGAGUCUGGCUGGGUGGAGCCUGUAUGAGCAAUGAUACAUUCACUGUGGAUGAAUGACCGAAUCCUGUAAGUUUGAUUUAGUUUAGACCACAGCUACUAGAAGAAUUGCAUAGUCUAGCACUGACAAUUUUAGUUUAAUAUUCUUUGAUGAUCACAUGUAGCAUUAAAUAAAUUAGUUAUUUUGAUUAGGUGCUUGUGUAAAUUGAUAUACAAAUGGUCACCAGGCGAUCUGCACAACCUGUAAUAAUUUAACGCAGUGCUGGUAUGAUGGUUGUAGUUUUAGUUGCAGUGGAUGUGUGUCAGCUUGCACUCUGGUCUCUUUUUCAACAGUGCUGGGAUGUCACCCAUGCUUCAGGUAGGCAAACCACCAUGCCAUUAAUAUAUCUGGUUAACAAUGUGGUUAUGGGUUUCAAAUUCUUGUGUGUGAUUUUUUUGGUAACUGACUGUCAAGCAAAUCAUCUCCAUUAUGUUAAGUCAUCCCUCUUAACAUGAAACAACUUUGCAAUUUAUGUGGUGGUAUUUGUGUGCUUGCACUCAAUGGAUUUGUUGGUUUGCUUGUUUUGCGUAGAGUUUGAUGUGUCAAAUGUUACUCAUUACCAUUGUUUAGCUAUCGUCCUAUGUCUUCCCCACCUCUCACCUACCCACCAGUAUUUGACAAAAGUAGCUGAUCAGAGGUUCUUGUGCCCCCUCCCCACUCCUCCCAAAAUACACGCACACAAACUUGACCAAGAGCUGGUGUGAUGACGGAUUAUGUGCUUUGUCAUGCUGGUUGUGUUUUUUCCUAUACUGGAUGCAUGUUUGUUACUUUUAGGCUCCUGUAACCCUGGUUGGCUGGCCACGGAGACAGGGAGUCCUCGUCUUAAUACUGUCGCUCUCCACAUUAUACUUACUGUUUGGGGUAUCUACUUUACACUCAAUUUUUAUUCAUAAUCAAAGCUUGAAGCACAAUUCCAACAUUUUGUUACCUAAUUCAUUUGAUGUAGUGUUUGAAACAAAGACCUGAAAACAUCUUUCGUGCUUUACUCUAGGUUCCUGUGGAUUGAGCAUGAACGCAAGAUGUGGUCUGUGUCUGUGACCUUGAAAAAUAUACAUAGAUUGGUUACUUUAUUGAUUUUUAGACUUCAAUCACCAAGGCAAAACAUGUUCUCCAAGGGCACCAAGCGUAAGUUUUCUGAUGGUGGAGAAGAGAUAUCAGAAGAAACCCUUGUAGGCGCAAGGAUGGCAUCUUCGUACAGCUUGCAACGGCAGUCGCUGCUGGACAUGUCCCUCAUCAAGCUCCAGUUAUGCCACAUGCUAGCGGAGCCCAACCUCUGCCGCUCGGUUCUCAUUGCCAACACUGUCAGGCAGAUUCAGGAGGAGAUGACCCAUGAUGGCAGCUGGCAGGUGGUCACCGAAGCAUUUUGCAGUGCAGGCCAGAGCCCAUCUGAGCGCUUGGUUGCCACUGAGGUUCUCUGUCGGUCGCGGGAGCAGGAUGCAGAACCUAAGCUCUUUUCUGUCAUCAGCUACGAAAGUUGCAGAGAAGAGGAGGUGGUAGCAGACGACACAUUGUGCUCUGUUUCAGUUAGCGAUGCGGUUUCCAACGUGUGUUUGACAGGGAGUAUAGGGCAGUGUUGGGAGAAGAGUGAUGUAGAGACGGACGAAGAGGCCCUUGAAGACUCUAGGCUAGGUGGCUCAGGAGAAGACGAGGAGAUCGAUACAGAUGAUGAGCCCUCCAGGGAGGGUCCGAAGACCAUAGGACAAGUUUUUGGGACAUUUGAAAUAAAAAACAGUUCCCCGGGUCCUGACUCUGCACUUGAGGAGUUAUUCUCAGAUGUGGACACAUCCUACUAUGAUCUGGACACCAUGCUUACUGGCAUGCAAAGUGCACCCAAGAUGGGCCCUUAUGACCUACUUGACAGCUUGGCACCUUCACAUGGUUCCUCUUCUAUAGUGUCCGCCCCAAACUGUCGUUCUGAUCUAAAUGAACUAGAUCACAUCAUGGAAAUCAUUGUGGGCUCUUAGGUUAAACCUUAUUCUGAGAUUUACACAUCUGUCUUAAUGUUACUGACUUUUCAGUUCUGUAUGGAAAGCGAGUUAAAUAAAGCGAGUCCUUUCAGUGUCAAGAGUUAAAGGAUGGCUUUGAUUUAACAAGCUGACCAUAGACCAUUUAUUUACAUACCCUUUGUAUGUUUUAAUGUUUCUUCUUCUGUAUGUGUCUGUCCAGACAUGCUGUUUUGUUUAAUUUAUUUGUUAUACUCAUAACACUAUGGAGUGCAGAACAAAAUGUAUACAGAAGUUGUAAAGCUUGGGAUAUUUUCAUAAGGAGACAAAUGAUUGUCUAAAAUUUGUACAUAAAUAUAUAUAUAUUUUUACCAUAGAUUCUGCUUGAAAUGUUACUGUACAUUAUGUACAUGUUCUACAAAUUGAUUUUAAUGAAAGAGAUUAGAUUCAUAUGUGCGACAACUCUGCAUUCUUCUGUUUUUCACAGUCCAUAAAAAACUGAAGGAACAUCAUUAAGGACUAGAUUAUAGUAAAGGCAGGUAAACUUUUGACACAUGUUUUACAUUUAUGUGCUCAUUUGCACAGUAUUUUUUUCCUCUCAUGAUUUGAUUGCAGUGAGCUGUCAAUUUGUUGUUACACGUCAAAGUUCUUAUAUUUGUCUUAUCAACAAAUGAAAAAUAAUGGGCCAGCCCAUUCUAUAUUGUGACUUAAUUUAUUUAAUUUAUUUACAGUGAGUGUUGGCUGUGGUCAAACUCGGGGUGGCUUUUUUGUCUCUAGAGAAAUGAAUUGUCUUGGUUAACCAAGGCCUUUGCUCAUUCAAUUUGGAACAUGUUGGAAUUUGUCACAGAAUAAGGGUUUGAUCAGUUAAUUUGCAUCAAUUAUUGGUUUGUGUUAGACAUUUUAUUACUGGCAGGUGGCUAAAGUAUAUCUCUCUUUUUAGACCUUUGGACCUCUCAUAAUAAGAACUGUUCUAUGCAUUGAGUGUAAAAUCACACUUUCUAUGCAUUAAGUGUUCAACAAGCAUGUAGUACAGUAUUCCUUUUAUAUAUGAAACGAGCCAUCAUGAGUUGUUCUUAUUUUAUCGUUAAUUUCCCUUCCUAGGACAUACUGUAUAAUAUUUGGUCUUGUUUAAAAUUAAUUUUGGCAUAAACUAUGUUUGUGCAAGCCAUACGUUUUUACACUUGGAUAAAUGUUUUCUUUUACAUUCUCACACUUAAAGUCCAAGAGGAGAAAUGUUUUAUUGUAUGACCUUAAACUAGUAUAGAGUAUACACAUUUUAUAUGAGCAUUGUAGCUUUUUUAACAUUUUUUAAUAAAAGGUACAACUUUUAAAAGA